GGCUAUUGGCUAUAACAGUGAUAGGACAAUUUCAAUUGUCUACGAAGAUUCAUCUCUAAACUUAUUGUACCAAUCUCCUACAAAUGAACCACAAGUGUUGACAAUUGUCAAAAAACAAAAAUGAAAAACCGAUCCAGAGCAUAAGGGUGGAGGUGAAAGGUUAUGAUGGUCACUGGUCACGUUAGCUUGACGUUAAUCUGUCAUUGUCGUUGCGUCGCUGUCAAUCUCAAGCCGCGUUUUCUCCAAGUCCAUAUUAUCAUAAUUAAAAACUAGGAUCGGAGGCACUGAAUAAUCGACUUUGACGUGUGAUUGAAGAGUAAAAUGAAAAAAAUAAAUAUAAAAUGGUGUCAGGCUUGACGAGAGACAUAAAGACAGCGAACGUGAAAAAAAAACACCACGAUGGAGGAUCGAAAUUCAUCCACUCUCAUGUGUUAUUACAUUGCCAAAAAAAAUACUGUUUUGAGUCGAAUCUCUGGGACGUGCGAUGUCAAUGUCACCGAGUUACCCCUUGGUAUGUUGGUUGAGGUUAGGGAAGAACAGUCAGACGGGGGUCUUCGAAUACGCGUCAAUAGCCCGAACAAUGAUGAAAAAAUAUGGCAUAAAACCGAAUGGCGUUGUCACAAAAUCGAUCUCAUCAAAGUACCGCCCUUAGUUUGGGAAUUUCUUGCUGCUGUACCAGUGCUCCAGAAAAGAGUCAAAAUUGCGAGUAACGAAAGAUUUUGUCAAGAAGCCGCCAGGUUCAAAGAAGACAUCAAUGUUUGGUAUCAAUCACCUCGUAAUGCCGAAAGAACAUUGGCAGUUAUAAGAUACAUCAGACCUGUUCCCGAGCUGGGACCUGGAUUUUACUUUGGUCUUGAAUUGCUGGAGGAUCGUGAAUCUGUACCAGCGACUACUUCAACUAGACAAUUCCCUGCAGGCCCGAUAAGCAAUUUGACUUUGGCAACAUUGAGUGAUGUAUAUCCUUUUGAACUUGGACUCUCCGAAGAAGCAAAAUCGAGUGAAGUUGGAAAAUCUUUGAGCAUGGAAAACGUGGGCAACGAAUAUUAUUUUGAAGCACCGUCGAAAAGUUCGUCCAAUAAUCAUAUUACAAACGGCAAAAGGAUUCCAUCAGAUUUUAGUGCUGCUUUUGACGAACGGUUGAACAUCUUUGACGACAGGAACAACAAUAAUACAAACAGAGACACAUCGCCACAUUUGAGUAACGCUUUGGUUCCAAAAGUUGCACAUAAAUCUGCAAAGUCGAAAAUACUCGUCAACGAUGCGAGUUCUCUGCUCUCGAGGAAUCACGACUGCUUCGAUUUUCCCGACAGUUUGCCCAAGAAAUAUGGAAACAAUGGAAUUCCAAAGAGCGAAGAUACCGGAGAUGUGAAAGUGGAUUCUACAGUCGAAGUUUCUCUAGGUGCUGAAACUCGCUACGGUGUCGUACGAUGGAUUGGCACACCUCCAGGUGUUACUCCUGGUAAAACAAUCGCAGCUAUUGAAUUGGGAGAUGGACAACAUACCCUUGGCACAGACGGAACUUACAACGGUAUUAGAUAUUUUCACUGCAGACCUUAUCGAGCCAUUUUCACGGAGGUGGAACACUGUCAACCAUUCGAUAUGACACUCGCUGACGACCAUAUGUACAAGCUAAAUGGGAGUGACUUCGGAUCGAGCGAGAAUCCUGUAGUCACAGGGAUUGUAAGACCAAUUUGCGUCGAGGCAGAUCUCGAAAGUAUAUGUGGAAAAUAUCGAGGUAUACAAGGGCAUCAUAAUUCGUGUUACUUGGACGCAACUCUAUUCAGUAUGUUCGCUUUCACAAGCGUUUUCGACAAUUUACUCUUCAGGCCGCCGAAUGAAAAGGAUUGCCCACAGUACGAAGAAGUGCAAAGAGUUUUGCGCGAGGAAAUAGUGAACCCUUUGAGGAAGAACAUGCUUGUUAAAGCCGACAGAGUUAUGAAACUAAGAAUGCUGCUCGAAAAACUUUCCUCGGUGUCCGGCCUUACUAGUGAAGAAAAAGAUCCCGAGGAAUUCCUAACGUCUCUGGUCGCACAGAUAUUAAACGCUGAACCAUUCCUGAAAUUGAGUUCCGGCCAGGAUGCCUACCAUUAUCAGCUUUUCGUUGAGAAAGACGAUCAUCUCAGCUUUCCAACGGUUCAGCAAUUACUCGAGCAGAGUUUCCUUACGAGUAACAUCAGACUGAAAGAGGUUCCAUCCUGUCUAAUUAUCCAAAUGCCACGUUUCGGAAAAUCCUUUAAAAUGUAUCAGAAAAUUCAACCAACACUGCUUCUAGACGUGACGGAUAUCAUCGAAGACUCUCCUCGGCAGUGUACUGUUUGCGGAAAAUUGGCGGAAUUCGAAUGCAAAGAAUGCUAUGGACAGUGCGGUGUCGGCCUUGAAAGCAUAGCAUUUUGUAUGCACUGUCUUGAAAAGGUCCAUCGUCACGAACGACGAACGAAUCACGAACCAAAGAAGCUCGAAAUACCGACUGAAUUCAUCAUUUUGCAAGAGCACUGUCCAGUGCCACGACUAUUUUUGGAGCUGUCCGCCGUUGUUUGCAUCGAAACUUCACACUACGUGUCUUUCGUUAAAUGUGGCUCGGGAUCUGAAGCUCCAUGGUGCUUUUUUGAUUCCAUGGCUGACAGAGAAGGUGAGCAGAACGGUUACAACAUCCCCGAGAUGGUCCCAUGUCCUGAUUUUCCAUAUUGGUUGAGCGAAGAAGGCGCUAAUUCCUUGAGCGAGUUAACCGAUGAUCGUCAACUACCGGAACACGCGAAGAGACUUUUGUGCGAUGCUUACAUGUGCAUGUAUCAAUCGUCGGAUAUAAUGAUGUACAAAUAAACCGAAAUCGUCGAAAUUGAGACCGAGUUAUGAAUUCAGCGUUUUUCACCUCAUAACGUGUGUCAAAUACCAAGUUUAUUAUUCCAAUAUUUUGACUGCAGUGUUUAGUAAAAAUUCAGUUGCAAAUUAGAAUUAUCAUUUGAAAAAAACAUUGAGAAAAUAAUGGUCUGAGAAGUGGCAGCAAGACUCACGAAUGAUCGAUUAGAAAGAAAAUCUUCUGACGAACGUAUAAACUUUCGUUUCCCUCAGCUCAUCCUGUGCGUGAUAUGUGACAUGUGAUAACGCUAUGUGGCUAACAUUACAGGAAUCGAAGCUAAAGUUGCCCCAGUAACUUGUUUACUUCCAGGAUUUUUUACUCGAUGAUCCUAGGACACAGUUUUUGCGUGUCGGUAUCAAUGAAAGGUUUCUCUUGGAAAACAUAUCUUUGAAUGACGAAAACUGAUUUGGAAAUAUACAAUAUGUUAUAAGUU